AUGCAUCCCACCGGAUCUUACGCGCUUCAGUAUGUCGUUCCAGUCUCUAUCUUGAAUGAUGAUGAUAACUAUCCAAAGUUGUUACAACGUCGUCAAGAAUUAACUGAUUCCGACAGAAAAUUACCGGCAAUAGCGGCAACAUUUGAACAAACAUUGACAUUUGUUGAAAACUUCAAAUGUAAUCAACAAAAGUCGAUCAUCGGAAAAACUCGCCUAUCAACGUUGUUACCGAAGGAAACCGAUGGAGAAAAGAAACAAUUAACACCUCAGCAAUUAUGCUAUCAACUAAAUCUCAAACUCGAAUAUUUGAUUCGUACGCGUGCGAUCGAACAACAUCGUGUUAUUAGUCGGACUAGUAUUCUCCCAACGAGACCAAUCAAAACUAAAACAGUUUCUAAAGAGCCAUUUAAUCGAUCAAUACCGUCGAUUGUCAAUCGAUCGACGGAGAAAACUAUCAUUUCCUCCUCAAUGACGACGUUCAAUUCGACAGCUACUCAGGAAGAUCUCGCCGAUAAAGAUUCAAUAGGAGAUAAUGAUGAGGCUUGCGAGGAGAUGGUCGAAGAAGAAAAUGUUACUUUGUUGCAACAACAACAACAACAAACAAUGACUGAUAAAGAUCCAUUCGAAAUGGAAGAUGAAGAAUACGAAGCUGAAAUCGAAGAAGAAUCCCUUCGUAGCUCUGAAAGUGAUGUUGACGGCGAAAGCACAGUCACACUUGAUCCAAUUCAGCUGCUUUCCGAUAAAACGCGACGAGUAGGUAAUACUGAAAUCAAAUCCGGCCUUAUUCGAAGUUUAUUUGAAAAUGUUCCGCCAAUCAUUCGAUUCUGCACGGAAACUCAACGAAUCGAGCCACUACCAGCUCCAUUGCAGAAGAUGAUGAAGUGGAAAAUGAGUGCAAUCACACCGAAUAUCGUCAAAAGUACAGUUCUUCGUUCUGGUUUUCGAUUAAUCAGCAGUGAGGAGGGUGUCGAUUGGCUUGGUACAUGGUCACGUCAUAUGAAACCACCUUGUUUCAAAGCUAUUCGCGAAUACCAAAAGAUCAAUCAUUUUCCGGGUUCAUUUCAAAUUGGACGAAAAGAUCGACUAUGGAGAAAUCUAUCACACAUGCAAGCAGUUCAUUCACGACGAGAAUUCGAUUUCGUUCCUCAAACAUUUGUUUUACCAGCUGAUUUUCUCUUGUUUAAACGUGUUUUCGAAGAGACAGCAGAUAGUAAAGAAUCGAAGUGGAUUAUCAAACCGCCAGCAAGUGCACGAGGACAAGGCAUUCGAGUGAUUAGCAAGAUGGAUCAAGUACCGAAAAAACGUCCGGUUGUUGUGCAAAGAUAUAUUGCAAAUCCGUAUCUGAUUAAUGGACAUAAAUUUGAUAUGAGAUUGUACGUUUAUGUUCCAUCGCAUGAUCCAUUGCGUAUCUAUUUAUUUGAUGAUGGUUUGGCCCGAUUUGCAUCAAGAAAAUAUUCUUCGUCAGUGAAGUCAUUGAGCGAUCGGUUUAUGCACUUGACUAAUUAUUCAGUGAAUCGAUACAAUAGUGAAUAUCGAACAAAUAAUGACUCUGCUGCGUGUACUGGACAUAAAUGGAGUCUGAAAGCGCUAUGGGCAUAUUUGAAAAAACGUGACGUUGAUGUAGCGGAUGUUAUUGAAAAAAUUAAAGACUUGGUUAUAAAAACCAUAAUCAGUGCUGAUGCUUUUGUUAAUGUUUUGACCAAGGCGAAUGUUCGUCGAAAAUUUAGUGUUCAUGAAUUGUUCGGUUUUGAUGUUAUUCUUGAUGAAAAUUGUAAACCAUACAUUGUCGAGGUGAACAUUUCUCCGAGUUUACAUUCCAAUUCGCCAUUGGAUAUCAGCGUGAAAGGUGCGAUGAUCUGUGAUCUACUGAAUUUGAGUGGAUUCAUGAUACCGGAUCGAAGAGAUAUUAUAUCCGAUGGUCCAGUGCGGAGAAAAGCGAAACUACCUAAGAGUUUAAUAUUUGACCGUCGAGUACUCCCACAAGGUUUGUCAACCGACGAAAAAGUUAAACACCAAUAUUUCAGUCAACGCUAUAAUGACGAACAAGUUCGAAAGAACAUUCUCGAUGUCUUAACGCCCGAUGAUUUAAGAAUUCUGAUCGAAACGGAAGAUGAAUUUGCCCGACGUGGAUCAUUCGAACGCAUUUUCCCCACCAAUCAAACACGAAAAUACCUGAAAUAUUUCGAAACGCCAAGGUACUACAAUAUAUUAUUAAGCGAAUGGAUCACAAAAUAUACGCGAAACGAAGAUCGAGGUAUUGCGCUAUUGAAUAGUUUCUGUAAAAAGGAAAUACAUUUACAACAUCCAGCAGUCGAUCCUAACCAUAUGUGGACGCAAUAUCAGAAAAACCAAGGACAUUCAUCCUAUCGUGAGAAUGACAAUCCAAAUACAAAUGGUACUUAG